GCGAGGAGAGAAGAUUCCGUCGGAGGAAGACAGGCGAACACACAAAACUCAAAUAUGUCUGGACGAUCUGUUCGUGCGGAGACUCGAAGCCGCGCUAAAGAUGAUAUCAAGAAAGUGAUGGCGGCUAUUGAAAGAGUCCGCAGAUGGGAGAAGAGGUGGGUGACUGUAGGAGAUACCUCCUUACGGAUAUACAAGUGGGUGCCUAUUGUGGACUCCAAGGAGAAAGACAAAAGCAAGCAUUCAAGCAAUGUAAACAGAGAACAUAACAGUUACACCACAGAGACACCUUCUGCAAAUAACUCUCUGCUGGAUUUCCAGGAUGAGAACAGCAACCAGAGCUCACUGUCAGACAUGUACCAGACCAAGGUGGACAGCAGCAGUAACUCUAGCCCCCAGCCCAGUGAGCCUGUCAGCCCAGCGCAUGUCACCGACUUUCGGGCUGACGACCCUCAGCCUCCCACCCUGGGACAGGAAAGCUUGGAGGGUGAGACUCGCAAGGAUUUGGCAGGGCCCGGAAUGCCGUCUCGGGAAAUAGCUGAUGAGCCCCCCACACUAAUAAAAGAGGCGGAUCUUCUUCCCUUGCCACCACAGCUACGAGCCCCGUAUCCUGUGUCUGCACCUCCCAAGGCCCGUGUAGAGAAGGAGGACACUGAUGCCCCUCCCUUGAAGAGAGUGUGCACUGAUCAGACCUCCGUGCUUCAGUCCUCCACCAUGAGCUAACCCUCUCUCCUCUACCGUGGUCCGCAUAUGCAGCGAAAAAGCAAUCCGUUUCUCUUUUUAGAUUUCUCUACACACCCUGGAAAGGCUUAAAUAUGGACCAGAUAUAUGAGCCUGAUUGUUUAAACAGUGAGGAAAUAUUGCAACGUUAGUAGUUACAUGUUCAGUAAUUUAUUUGGUAUUGUAAGUUUUACGCUCUUUGUGUUUGUUUUAAUUGAAAAGAAAUGGAAGAUUUUUUUUAAAAUGCAGUUAAGAAUUGGAGCUACCACACAGCAACAUGACUGUAACCUUAAGGGAUGUUGUGAUUAUUACUUUCACAACAACAAAUGCUCUUUGUACUGAUAUAUUCACUUUCCUGCGAGUAGCAUGGUUCGCGAAAUCUCUCAGCUCCUGGAACUCUUGUGAGUGUGUGAGAAACUUUACAAAAGUGAUGUGAUCGGGGUUUAGGUUUUUUUUGUUUUUGUUUUUUUUUCCAUCUAGCAGGCUGAACGUGUCAUACGUUAUAUUUCGUAAAUGACUCUUUAUUGUCUUAUAGCUUAUAAAAAAGACACAGUUAAACCACACACAGCUCUAUCCUACAGCAUCUCACACUGUUGUUUUACAUCAAACCCAGGCAAACAAAUGUGCAAAAAGGCUUUGAGGUUCUUUUCUACUUUCAAAAGUUUACAUUGAUUGUCAUGCUUAAGACCCCAAAGAAUGUUCCUUUGUCUUCUUUUAUGAUGUGAAUGUUUGUCUUUUUUCUUUUUUCUCUUGUUUCAGUGAUUUUGGUUUACUCAAAAAAGUUAAUUUCCAUUUCUGCCGUUAUAUGCUUAUAUGUGUUUCUGCUGUUGAUCUUUCAACAACCCAAAGGAUUGUUCUGUAAGGAAACGCUUUCCCCUUUUCUCUCUUUCUUUCUUUUUCUUUCUGUCUUUCCUUCUUUUUUUUCUUUCACUUCCCUGGGAGAGUGCUAUAUUUUCUUGGAAUAGCAUGUACACUGAAUGUUUGUGGGUGGUGAAAUGUUAGUACUGUAUGCAAUUGUUAUGUGCUUUGGUAGUUGUAAAAAAAAAGAAAAUGCUAUCUUACGCAUCAUCUAAUUCUGACAAUCAAAAUUGCACACUGGUGAAGCUAACAUAGUUGCCUAUUGCAGAGGGGAUUUUAUUUAUGGAAGAGUUGCUUUACUAUUUGUGGGAGGAAUAAGUUCUGCUUCAUGCAGAAUUUGAUGUGUUCUACAGAAUGUUUACGAUUGUACAAGACAUAUGCAACCCCAUCUCUUGUUUAUAUUAGGCAUAGUCACAUUACUUAGUAACAAUGCCUACAUUUGGAAAGAUUUCGCAUUCUUAAGUGUCAUUGUUGAUUCGGCAAAAAAUGGUUUAUCUCCAUUGUGUUAGUUGUUUAUUUAAUUAUAUAUGGCAUUGUUCCAGGGGACAUGGUGGUGAAGACAAGAAAUUUGUUGUAGAUAAUUGUUGUUGCCAGAUGCUUCAUGUUUUAGGGCAAGUGCAUGUCAUGUUGUCAUGGAGAUUAGAUGACCCAUGGCUUCGCUGUCAAUGUAUAGGCCAUGGCCAGGUUUUUGUAUCACUGAGAUUGUAAAGAUUAUUUUAUUGAAUUCUGAAGUGUAUUACUGCAAAUGAUUAUUACAAAGUAUUUUAUAAAACAUUUGUAGAUUGUA